AUGGCCACAGAGUCUACACCCACUCUUACCAUUACCAUGGAACUGGUUUCUGCUGACAAAAUUGAAGAUGCUCCUGCUCCUUCUACCUCUGCAGAUAAAAUGGAGAGUCUGCAUUUGGAUAGUGAAGCUAAGAAACUACUGGGAUUAGGACAGAAACAUCUGUUGAUGGGUGACAUUCAGGCAGCUGUUAAUGCAUUCCAGGAAGCAACUUUUAGAAUGGAGAAUGGAGUGUUGGGAAAUGCUUUAGAAGGAGUUCAUGUAGAAGAGGAAGAAGGAAAAAAAACAGAAGAUGAAUCUUUGGUAGAAAAUAAUGAUAAUGUAGAUGAAACUGAAGGCUCAGAGGAAGAAGACAAAGAAAAUGACAAGGCUGAAGAAAUAACAAAUGAAUCAGUUCUUGAAAAAAAGACUCUUCAAGAAAAUGAAGAAGAGGAUAUUGGGAUUGCCUGGGAUAUGCUAGAUUUAGCCAAGAUUAUUUUUAAGAGGCAAGAAACAAAAGAAUCCCAGGUUUAUGCUGCACAAGCCCAUCUUAAACCUGGAGAAGUUAGUGUUGAAUCUGAGGAUUAUAUCCAAGUUGUGGAGGAGUUUCAGGCUUGCCUAAGCCUGCAAGAACAGUAUUUGGAAGCUCACGAUGGUCUCCUUGCGGAGACUCACUACCAAUUGGGUUUGGCCUAUGGUUACAACUCUCAGUAUGAUGAGGCAGUAGCCCAGUUUGAAAAAUCUAUUGAAGUCAUUGAGAAGAGAAUGGCUGUACUACGUGAGCAGAUGAAGGAGGCUGAAGGAUCAUUUACUGAAUACGAGAAAGAAAUUGAGGAGCUGAAAGAACUGCUACCUGAAAUUCGAGGGAAGAUAGUAGAUGCAAAGGAAUCUCAGCGGAGUGGGAAUGUAGCUGAACUGGCUCUGAAGGCUACUCUGGUCGAGAACUCUACUUCAGGUUUCACUCCUAGUGGAGCUGGUGCCUCGGUAUCCAUGAUUGCCAGUAGAAAACCAACAGACGGAGCUUCCUCAUCAAAUUGUGUCACUGAUAUUUCCCAUCUUGUCAGAAAGAAGAGGAAACCAGAGGAAGAGAGUCCCCGGAAAGAUGAUGCAAAGAAAGCUAAACCAGAGCCAGAGGUGAAUGGAGGCAGUGGGGAUGCUGUCUCCGAUGGAAAAGAAGUUUCAGAAAACAUGGAGGCUGAGGCUGAGAAUCAGGCUGAGAGCCAGACAACAGCAGAAGGGACAGUGGACCCUGCAGCUACAGUUAAAAGCAAUGCAUGUUAAAAGGCGAGCAGAACCUU